UCUGUUAAUGAUUAUACCCUUGAUUCAGACUAGGGCUAAAAAACGAAUAGGGUCGAGGAUUGCAUCUACAGUAUACACAAUAAAAGAACAGGACGAUACAACAGUUUGGGGAAGACUUGCUAGAUUUGGGAAGAAGUGUCAUGGCGCGAUGUGUCCUGCGUGUGUUGUGGUGUUGCUUUUCCUUUGUAUUGAUUUACACAAGCGUACACGGAGAUCCACAACAACAUUCCGACUCUGAUGAUCGUGAAAACCACAUGAAAGCGCUGAGCGAGAUGAACAAUGAUUUUGCUUUCCGUCUGUACAAAAGCAUCGUGUCUGGUGCUCAGUCCCAGAACGUGUUCUUCUCUCCACUGAGCGUGUCCAUGGCUCUGGCUGCACUGUCUUUAGGAGCAGGUGGUGAGACUCAUCAACAGCUUCUCACUGGCCUCGGAUUCAACAGUUCUCUCUUCACCAGUGAAGAAAUGCACCAAGCCUUCCUCGAUCUCCUCCAAAACCUCAAUCAAAGAACAGGGGUAGAUCUGAACGUCGGCAGUGCCGUCUACGUUAACAACACCUUUAAACCACGUCCGGAAUUUCUGGAGAAUCUUAAGCAUUUCUAUCUUUCCGAAGGCUUCUCCGUCGAUUUCACCAAGCAAAAAGAAACCUCUAAACAGAUAAACAAAUACGUCAUUGAAAAGACACACGGGAAAAUUAGGAAGUUCAUCAAAGUCUUGGAUACACGUACCCUCAUGUGUCUGAUCAGCUAUAUAUAUUUUAAAGGCAAAUGGUCCAUCCCAUUUCGUCCCCAAAAUACUAGAAAGGAAGCAUUUUAUGUGGAUAAAGAAACGACUGUUCAAGUUGAAAUGAUGUACGAGAGGAAUCAUUUUAACAGCUACUUUGAUCCUGAACUCUCCACCAUUGCUGUUCGUCUGGAUUAUAAUGACUCGUUCUCCAUGAUACUGGCUCUACCUGAUGAUCUCAAUGUUCUGCAAGAGGCUUUACAUCCACACCAUAUAGCCAACUGGAACAGACAAAUGAGUAAAAGAAAAUAUGCGCUCUUCCUUCCUAAACUGUCCCUGAAAACUUCAUAUUUCCUGAAUAACAUUCUGGCUCAAAUUGGCAUGAAGGAUUUGUUCACAGAGAAGGCUAACUUUACUGGGAUUACUGACGAACAAGUGUACGUUUCUGAGGCUGUGCAUAAAGCUACGUUAGAUGUGGACGAAACCGGAACUACUGCAACAGCUGUGACUAGAAUCAAUUUUGGAGCACGUUCACGACCAUCAUCUCUGGAAUUUAAUCAACCGUUUAUGAUCUUUAUCAUUGACCAGAAAACAAAGAACAUCUUGUUUAUGGGAAAAAUUGUCAAUCCAGAAAAUUCUGAGAUAAUUGAAAAAUAAUGUAAUGUUUUUAAAUCUAUAAAAUGAGACUCAGAAGAAUUAA